AUGGCUCAAACAACCAAUGAAGCCGACGGGGGUGUUUCGCCCCCGACUUGUUCCAAAUUGAUUGAAAGUGAAAAAUUUUCAGCGGCUAUUGCGUUCUAUAAAGCGAAUAAAGACGUAUUACUGAAAGAAAUUUCAGACGUUUACGAUCCAACCAAUGAUGUGCAUGCAAUUUUGAGUCUAUAUUGCAAGAAAGUUAUUCAGGAUAAGCCAGAAUGUUUUGUUAUGACCAAUCAGGAGAGCGAUUUAGCUGAUAUUUUCGGACGGCUAUUUCAAGUUUCAGCUGCUGUAGCAAAAUUUAAGUUUCACUGUGAUGUAAGAGUUUUUUUGAUUGGUAAACCAAAGACUGAACGUUAA